AUGGCAGAGAAUGUUAAUGAAGGUGCUUCGAUGCCGUUGCAGUGGAAAAACAUCUACAUACUGCCGGAGCAUUCGCGUUUCAACGUUUCCAACAAGCAGAUUACGUUUUCGAUUGUAGAAGGACCUCAUCAUGGCACUCUAUAUUUGGACGGUCAGCCAUGUGCCGCGUUCGAUUAUAGCCAAUUACUCUCGCGAAGUGUCAUUUACAGACACGACGGAAGCGAGACCACUCAAGAUCAGCUGGAAUUUCAGCUGGACAUUAACGGUAAGAGAACGGAUUUCCCAUGGUUGGAUGCAACCACGUAUAUGCUGCGAAUUCGCAUCAAUCCCGUGAAUGAUCCACCUGAACUUAGUGGAACCAAGGGAGUACAUGUGAUCAAGAUAUCGGCUAAAGGAAGUCGAACGCUCACAUCUGAUCACAUCUUCUUUCGCGCAUCGGAUGAAUGCGUCCGUGUUCAAGUGGUAGAAGCACGAGGAGUUCAUCUACGCGUUGGAAAUGUUACCGCUACGGAAUUCACUCAACGACAAUCAUCACAAAGACUGAUACUCACAUUCCAUACAAUUAGCACACCUGUUGAAGUGCGCUUGAAGACAAACACCGGUGUUCGCCUUCUCCAUCACUCAUCAGCUCUCAUCACAUCACACAACCUCUCCUUUACUGCAUCGGUACCUGAUUUGCCGCUGUCGUUCUCUAUUGUUGGACUACCUGAUCAUGGUGUCGUCGAAUGCAGUCCAAAUGAUGGCCAUUUCGCUGUGUGCAGUACAUUCACUCAAGAGCAGGUGGAUCGAGGCCUUGUUCGAUUUCGCCACACGAGUAGCCACCAUCCAACCCAAGACAUGUUCAGUUUUCAGGUAGAAUCUGGAGAAUUCGUAUCGAUGAUUCAUAAUUUUCGGCUUAUGUUCAUCCCAAUGAAUGUUAAGGUGUUCAACAGAGAAGUGUUCAUGCUGAAUGGCACAGAGAUCGGUACGUUGAACCGAGCGAAUUUGUUCGCAUGGACAUUCCCAAAAAGCUAUCCAGCCGAGAAACUCGUCUAUCACAUCGAAGAACCACCGAAGUACGGUAUUUUAUCGCGAAGAAUCAAUGGUAAGAAGUCGCAGAGAAUUGUGUUUUCGUCACGAACUUCAACAAAGCGGUGA